AUGUCAGAAAAGUCAUCUAUACACGAUAAGGAAGACAUAGGCGGUGUCAUUGUUGAAAAGAACCAGAUAGAAGAUGAAAAACUGUUUCUAUUCAACGAAACCCCUCUCAGAAUGGAGUGCAACAAGUGCGACAAGCAGGUCCUCACCUCCACUCAUUACAAGACCGGUCCGUUUACAUUUCUUUCCUGUUGUGUCUUGAGUGCCUUCUGUUUAUGGUGCGGUUGCUGCUUGGCUCCUUUUUUUAAAGACGGGUUUAAAGAUGUCAGCCACUCCUGUCCGCAUUGUGAGCAGGUGCUUGGUGUCUGGAAACGAGAGAAGGGCGACUGA